UUUUUUUAUCAUUAAAGUUAUUUAAAGAAUCAUGUGAUCUCAAUGUGUAUCUCAUAUGAAGUGGUAACUGCUCCAAAAGUUCUAAUAUAAAGCUUGGUUUGGUUAGAGAGAGAUUUUAAAAGAACAAAAAAGAAAGUUCAUAGUUAGUCGGCUGAAGAGACUAAGUGAAAGCUUCUUGUCUGAUUAAAACAUGGAGAGGUAUCCUCGCAUGGAAGUGAUAUUCGUGGUUCUUCUCUGUCAUUGCAUAUCAAGCAUGAGUGGUACUACCUUUGGUUGCAUAGAAAGAGAGAGACAAGCUCUCCUAAGCUUGAAACAAAGCUUUCAAGAUCCUUCACACAAGUUGUCCUCUUGGCAAGGUCAAGAUUGCUGCCAAUGGAAAGGAGUAGCCUGCAAUCAAACCACGGGUCAUGUUGUCAAGCUUCAUCUCAGAUCCUCAUCAAUGGAUUUCUCAUAUUCACCUUUCAACAGAUAUAAUACACUUUCCCCAUGGCCUUUGUUGCCUGACUUACAAGCUAAUGAGGUGAGCUCUAGUUUGUUGGAGCUGCAACAUCUCAACUACUUGGACCUCAGCGGAAACAACUUCAGUUCUAGUAGGAUUCCCAACUUCUUUGGCUCAAUGAAGAAUAUGAAGUAUUUGAAUCUGUCUUUUGCAAACUUUAGUGGAAAUAUUUCUCUUCAAUUUGGAAAUCUUACUAGCUUGCAAGUGCUUGAUCUUCAAGGUCUUUUCGGUGUUAGUAAUCCUACUUUCCAGUGGGCUUCAAAUCUUUUGUCUCUCCAAUACCUUGAUAUGAAUUGGGUAAACUGUUGGAAUGCAUCAGAUUUAAUGCAGGUACUUACCAACCUUCCUUCUCUGUCACAUAUCAGCCUAUCUGAUUGUAGACUAAAUAUGGUCAAUUUUCCUUGGCGUUCGAUCAAUUCCACAUUCUCUGCCAGUGUUCGAUACCUAGACCUUUCCAUGAAUUUUCUUGGAAGAUCAAUUCUUAAUGAUCUCAAAAAUAUGACUUCUCUUGAAGUACUUGAUCUUUCAAAUACCUUUUAUGUUAGUAGUUCCUCAAUUCCAACCUGGUUGGGUGAUUUUAAGAGCCUUGUUUACCUUAAUCUUGCAUGGAAUAAUUAUGAUAGCUUUGAAGGAGAAGGUGGCUUGCUCUAUAUAAUAAAUAAUGCUUGUUCGUUGAAGUCAUUAGAUUUGUCAGACAACACAAUUGGAGAAGUGUUAGAUCUUCAUCAAAUACAUUCAACCAAAUGUGCCAAAUAUAAUCUAGAGUCAUUAAACUUAGCAUAUAACAAAAUGAGUGGUCCUUUGUCUAGUUGGUUAGAAGAACUAAAAUCCUUAAGAUACCUUGAUCUUUCCAGGAAUAUAUUUCACGGUCCAAUACCAUCUUCACUUGGAAAAUUUUCAAAUUUGGAAUUUUUAGAGCUAUCAUAUAACAAGCUAAUUGGGUCGAUUCCUGAAUCCUUGGGAAGAUUGUCAAGUUUGAGAGGAAUUCUUCUGUCAAAUAAUCAGUUGACUGGGAUUAUUCCACAAACAAUUGGGAAAUUGUCAAUCUUAGAGGGGUUGGAUCUUUCAUAUAACAAUUUGAAUGGGGUCAUUCCACAAACACUGGGAAAAUUGUCAUUGUUGAGCUGGUUAGAUCUUUCUAGAAAUCAAUUAAAUGGAAGCUUUCCUAAAUCACUUUGGAAAUUAGUUUCCCUAACAUUCUUGGAUAUAUCAUCAAAUUCCUUGCAAGGUAUUAUAUCUGAGGAUGACUUUGCUAAUCUUUCAAGGUUGAAAAGUUUGUUAAUUGGUUCCAACAAUUUCUCAUGGGAUAUGAAUUCAAAAUGGAUCCCUCCUUUUAGUCUUUAUCACAUUAACUUGGCUUCUUGCAAAGUUGUAGGGUCUCAUGAGUUCCCUCAAUGGCUUCAAACACAAAGAGAAGCCACUGAAUUGAAUCUCUCAAAUGCUAAUAUUGUUGGAACAUUUCCAAAUUGGCUUCAUAGCAUGUCAAAGAUGGUCUUUUUGGAUCUCUCUAUGAACCAAAUCAGUGGGCAGCUUCCAAAGAAUGUUGGUCCCAUGCCUUUUUUAUUAACUCUAAAUCUUGGUAACAACCUGAUAAAUGGUUCAAUUCCAGAGUCAUUAUGUGAACUAGAAAGUUUGAUCACUCUAGAUCUCUCAAGAAACAAGCUUUCUGGGAUAUUGCCUCACUGUUGGAGAGACAGCCAAAUCGUGAAAGUCAUCAAUCUAUCACACAACAACUUGUCAGGGACUAUUCCAAGCUCAAUGGGGAAAUUAUUACAGUUGAGACGGUUGCAUAUGAACAAUAAUAACCUUAAUGGGGAACUUCCUUUGGCUUUAAGGGGUUUCUCUGAAAUGAUGCUUCUUGAUCUUGGUGAUAAUAACUUUUCUGGACCUCUACCAACUUGGAUUGGAGGAGAUAGCUUCCUAAACAUAACAAUUUUGAGGCUACGCAACAACAUGUUUAGUGGAAGUAUCCCUUUAAGCUUUUGCAAGCUCUCUGUGCUGAAAAUUUUAGAUCUUGCAAAUAACAAUUUGAGAGGAAAAAUUCCUCAUUGCUUUGGAAAUCUCACUGGAAUGAUUGUUGAAAGAAAUUAUUCAAGUUUAAUUGAUGAAAGGGCUCCUCCCGGUGUUGAAUAUGGAACUGGAUGGGGAAAAGAGAAGGUUUCGCAGGUGAUGAAAGGAAGAGACUUAGAGUAUACAAAAAUACUUCUACUUCUUGAUAAUUUGGACCUCUCAAGCAAUAAGUUAGUUGGGAUAAUUCCAGAAGAGCUAUGUGUGCUAUCUGCCUUGCGUGGUUUGAAUUUGUCCCAUAAUCAUUUGUCAGGCAAUAUUCCUAACAAUAUUGAAGAGUUGAAGUCCUUGGAGUCUCUUGACCUUUCAAACAACAAACUUUUUGGUGAAAUUCCACAAAGCAUGUCCAAAUUGUUAUCACUAAACAAGCUCGACUUGUCUUACAACAAUCUGUCAGGCAAAAUUCCAACAGGAGCUCAACUUCAAACGCUGGAUGAUCCAAAUAUCUAUGUUGGCAACAAUGAACUGUGUGGAACCCCGUUGCGAAAGAAAUGUUCUGGAGAUGAUGAUCGGAGAAAAAUUUCACCAACGACCAAUGCCCACGAAGAUGAUGAUGACUACAAAGAUAGUAGGAUCGAAAGAAUAUGGUUUUACUCUAUGGUAACACUUGGAUAUGCAACUGGAUUAUGGGGAGUAAUUGGGAGUCUGGUUUUCAAUAGAAACUGGAGGCAUGCUUUUUUUCGUUUCACUGAAAACUCCAUGGAUUGGAUUCUUGUGACAGUAGAAGUGAAAAUUGGGAGACUGAAGAAGAGCAUCAUGAAGUGGACCAACUAAUAAAGAUGUCUAUUGAUAACAUGUAUUCCUCUGUGUGUAAUUGGCUCUUAAAUAUUGCAUAGGUAGUCUUCAUCUGUAUGUACUUCAUAGGACGAUCGAUUCUCUCACUUUUGUGUAUUUCAUCUUAAUUUAUGUUGUCUUGUAUUGUUUAAGUUGUAACAUAUUGCCACAAUAGUUUGUCAAAAUACAUAAGCUAGUUUGUCAAAGAUUUCCUCAUUUGCUUCAACUAUGCUCAUCUGUUGGAAUUGACAGAUGCCCUCCGAGUUGUAUAUUUUUUCCUUCUCGGGACAACAUUUGAUGUCCUCCUGUGGUUAAAUUUCCACUGAGAUGCCAAGUCAUAUUGGUUGAAAUUAACCUGCCAACUGAUAUUCCUGUGUAUCAAAUUCUGGUGCAACAGGGGCAUUGUACCUAUGCAGUAUCAUGUCCCCCUGCUCCAAUGCACAAGUAAACACAAACACAGAAGGAAAAAAAAUCAAAUAAAUAACAUGAACUUUCUGUUUACUCAUACAAAAAACAAUUACUCUCACAUUCAAAGUCAUGAUUCCACAAAAUUAAUACCCAGACACCAUAAAGAAAGCACCAAAAACACAUGCAUGCUACAGAGAAGGGGAAAAAAGGAAAACACCCACUAACCUACUGAAGAAGUCUACUGCGGUGGCGAUGGAUUUAGUCGCAAACCCAGGUGGGUGCCUCCGUUCUUCUUCUUCUUCUUCGUAAGAUAUCACCAAUUGCCCCUGCUCUGCCUGCCUUGUCUUGUAAGAGAUGAAAGGUCUCAACUUUACUAACUAUUAUUUUAAUGUAAUGUGUUUUCAUUAUCUUUUUAAAACUAUUAUUUAUCUUUUUAAAGCAUCAAAACAAAUAAAAGGUACUAUUGUUU